AUGGCUCCCAAACUCCCAGAGGUCGCUCAGCCGCAUGUGGUCAUCAUUGGCAGCGGAGUUGGUGGCCUGACUAUGGCUAUCGAGUUGAAAAGGAAGGGACACGAAAACUUCACGAUAGUCGAGAAAGCAUCUGAUGUUGGUGGGACCUGGAGAGAUAACAUCUACCCAGGCUGUUCUUCUGACGUCUGCAUCCACAUGUACUCUCUUUCCACCGAACUCCGCCCUGAUUGGACACAUACCCAUGCCUUCCAACCCACUAUUCAAGUCUAUUGGCGCGAACUCUUCGAUAAACACGGCCUUGCGUCGCAUACUCUCUUUAAUCGCAAAGUAGUGGCUGCAGCCUGGGAUAUAGCUUCACAAAGCUAUACCGUCGAGUCUGUCGACGCCUCCACUGGCGCUGCUUGCGCGCCAAUUACCGCCGCCGUACUAGUUAGUGCGGUUGGGCUUCUAGAGAUUCCUCGUUUCCCCAAGAUUGACGGGAGGGAAAGUUUCAAAGGCGAGAGUUUUCACUCUGCGAGAUGGGAGUACGGUAUCGACCUGCGAGGCAAGAAGGUCGCGGUUAUUGGAAGUGGGGCCUCUGCGACCCAAUUUGUCCCACGCAUAUCAGAAGACCCCACUGUGCAAGUGACCCAGUACUGCCGUUCUCCGUCGUGGAUAUUCCCGCCUAUUCGCGAAGAGUACUCUUCAUUGCACAAGUUCCUGCUUCGCUAUGUUCCGGGCUGGCUUCGGCUCUACCGAAACCUGCAUUUCCUUUGGACAGAGGUACUUUACCUUGCCAUCUUCUCCAACAAAUUCACCAAUGGGGUCCUUCAAUCAUAUCUUCGCUCUUACAUGCGCAAAGUCGCUCCAGCGGAGUAUGCGGACAAAAUCAUCCCUACGGAGCCUGAUUUCAGGCUUGGCUGCAAACGAAUCGUCUACGACACAAAUUACCUUCCGUCACUCGCUCGUUCCAACAUGAAGCUUGACUUCGAUCCUAUCCAGCGCAUCACCGAAGACGGAAUUGUCACUAGCGAUGGGCUACAAAAACACGAUGUCAUCAUUUAUAGCACUGGCUAUAUUACAGACACUUAUGCGAUACCUGUCCACGGCACCUCUGGCUUAACUGUCAAACAGUACUUCAAGGAACACGAGGGGCCAACGGCCUAUCUCGGUACUGCUAUUCCCGGCUUCCCAAACUUUUUCACUCUCGCUGGGGCCAACACCGCAACGGGCCACACUUCGCUGCUCUACGCUAUGGAGGUGCAAGUCGCGUACCUGCUCCAGUUACUCGACCCCCUCUUCGCCGGCAAGAUCACGUCCGUUGAGCCAACCACUUCCGCUGCCGACGCGUACAAUGAGAAGGUCCAGUCGCGGCUGAGCAAGUUCAUUUGGGCACGCUGCCAGUCAUGGUACCGCGUUGGCAACGUCGGCAAGAUCCACGGCCUGUUCCCGGGCAGCAUGACACUGUUUUGGUGGUGGCUGAGAAAGCCGAACUGGAAACACUAUCUUGUUGUCAAGGCUGGUGGCGUCAGGGCGGAGGCGGGGAAGUGGAAGCCCGAGAGGAAGUGGCGGAAGAGUCUGGUUGUUGGGCUGCUCACGGUGGCGGCAGCGGCAGCAGUGUUGACGCAGUCUAGCCUGGUCAGGCGGUAG